CCUGUGUUUUAAUUGUGGAAUUUUAUGAUCUUCGAUGCUGGAUUUUGCUAGUUUAUGUUGAGUUUAUUUGCAGGUUUUGAAGAUAAAUUUGUUCUAAUUUGUGAAGUAUUAAAUUUUGUAAGCUAAGAAAAGUUUCUCAAAUUUUAAAGCUAAGAUUUGUGUAUGUUAGAUUAUGUUUGAUUGAUGUUUCAGUACGAUGUUCGGUGAUUUGGAUUUUGAUUUUUGUGAUUUUUAAUUUAUAGAUUUUAUGGUGUUUAUUGUGGCAUGAUCUUGAGUUUAUUUACUGUCAAUUUGAAGAAUUUGUAGUUAUGUAGGCAGGUUGAACCUAAUUUUAGUUCGAUUUUGGGCAGCAUUAAAUUUUGAAGUUAAGAAAAGUUCCUCGCUUUGGUUGUAUUUUGUGUUUAUUAAAUAUGUAAUGGAAUAGGUAGGGGCGGACUAAGUUGCUUGGACUCUUUGAAAAUGUCAUUGGGUAUGUAUUGGAUCCUUCAAAAGUAGUGCAUUUUCGGAGGAUCCGACGCGUGUGUGGCAACAUUUUUGGAGAGUCCGAGCAACUUAGGGGGCGGAUGCGGAGCAUAAGAACUAGAUUCAUCCGAACCCUUGCUAUCGUGUUCCAUGUUUAGAGUACUUUUGUGAUUUUUCAAUUGUUGAAUAGUAUAUGGUGUAAUUAUGGUUAUUGCGAAUUGAUCUUUGCUAGGGGGACACGUGCUGGUUCAUGUUGAGUUUAUUUGCUAUCGAUCUGAAGAAUUGUAAAGUUUUGUUAUGCGGAUUGAACCUUGAUAUUCAUGUAUUUGGGACAGCAUUGUUUGUUUAAUAUAUGAUGAUGAUAUGAAAUGAAGUUAAAUGAAGAAAUGAUUAGAUGGUUCAUUAUCUUGAUUGAUGUUUCGGUGUUUUGGACUUUGAUUUUUGUGAUUUUUAAUUGUAGAAUUUAUGGUGUUUAUUAUGAUUAUUUGGCGCGAUCUUCGAUGCUGGUUUUUGUUAAUUUAUGUUGAGUUUAUUUGCUGUUAAUUUGCGGAAUUUGAAACUAAUUUUCCUUCUUAUUUGGCAGCAUUAAAUUUCUAAGUUUAGAAAAGUUUCUUUGGUUGAAUAUUCUAGAUUUUUGUGUUUUGUGUUUAUUAAAUAUGUAAAUGGAAUAGUUCGGGUCGGACGGAUGCGGAGCAUAAGCACGAGGUUUAUUCGAACCAUUGGUGUCAUGUUCCGUGUUUUAGGAUUUUGACUUUUGUGGUUUUUUCAAUGGUUGAAUAUAUGGUGUUAUUGUGGUUACUGUGACUUGAUCUUUGUUGGGGGGACACGUGGUAGAUUGUUUUGAGAUUAUUUGCUAUCGAUCUGUGGAUUGUAAACUUUUGUAUGCGGGUUGAACCUAGAUAUUUGUGUAUUUUGGCCAGCAUUAUUUGUUUAGUGUAUGAUGAUGAUAUGAAAUGAACUUAAAUGAAGUAGUGAGAUUCAUACAGCCAAACUUAACAUGUUUGGGACUGAGGCAUAGUUGUUGUUGACCAACAUUUAAUUGUCAAGUUAGAAAAAUUUCUUCCUUUUGGUGUUUCCCCCCCUUUUUGUUGCAUAUAUAUGGUGUUGUAUACAUCAUAGUUGUCAAGUUUCGGUCUUUCUAUUAAAUAUGUAAUAUGUAAUGGGAUAGGGUGGAUGCAGAUCACAUGCUAAGAGCCUUAAAAGUCAAAUCCAGCAAGAUUAAAUCCUGGGUUUGUAUAGAUUUUCGUGAAGUCACGUUGUAGGCUUGUUACGUGCUUGUUAUACUGUGAUACGUAACUAUUGUCAAUUGAGGAAGUUGAAAUCAUGACUUUCUCCAUGACCCGUGUGUUGUAAUUAAGUUAAGGCCAAAGUAGCAGAAAUGAAUAUGCAGAGAAAAAUGCAUGGGAACACUGAGAUAAAAUUAGGAACAAAGAGAUUCAUGACAAGUUGGGAGGGUCUCCUGUGGUGGAAAGGAUGGGGGAAGGGAGGUUUAAAUAGUUUGGACUUCUGACACGUACAUAGGAGCAAAUACCCUGGCAAGGAGGUGUGUGAAGUUGGCUGUAGUGGGCAUGAGGAGAGGGAGAGGUAGGUCGAAAAAGUCUUGGAGGGAGGUGUGUCGGCACGAGAUGAUGCUACUUCAGCUUACCAAGGAUAUGACGCUUGAUUGGAGGGCGUGGAAGGUGUGUAUUGGGGUAGAGGAAUAGUUGGUAGGGAGCAUUUUUUUCGUCCAGGAGUAUUUGUGUGAUUAUUACGUUUGCUUAUGCUUAAAUCUCUAGUACUCCCUGUUUGUUUCUUCCAUUUCGUUUUUCUUAUUAUCUUCUUGUUGUUACUGUUUGUUAUUACUGCUUCCUUCUCAUCACUUCUUGAGCCAAUGAUCAACAAGAAACAACCUCUCUACCCUUACAAGGUAGGGGUAAGGUUGGCGUACACUCUACCUUCCUAAACCCCACCUAAGAGAUUAUACUAGGUAUGUUGUUGUGUUGUUGUACCUAGAUAUAGGUUAUAACUAUUCUUCUCUUUUCUGGCCGGCGUUGAAAAUGAAGCUGAAAACUUUACUUCAAGGAUUGUUAAGUGUGUUCAUUUGAUACGCUCUAUGCAUAUCCAUGCAAGUAUUCGUGUUUCUAAUGCUCUGGCUUCUUUUGCAAUGCAUCCCUGUCUAAUGGAAUCUUUGAUUUAAUAACAAGCUGGUCUUUGCGGAAGCCUGGAUAGAGAACAAGAUGAUGCAAGAAACAUGUUUAUGUGCCUUGCUUCUUAAAUAAAAUUAUAUCUAAUCUUUUUGAUUCUUUUGUUUUUUUGUGUGAAUGCAUCUGUGGAUUGACAUAGUGUUCUAUAAACAACAUUAACCUAGUCUUUCUCUAUAUGGAUGCCCCGACACUCUAGUACUGAAGUGCUGUAUGAGUAUCUUGUCCCAUAGUUUUUCUUGGAAGUUUGUAUUAGUAUACAUUUUCUCAAUUCUUGAUGUAGUUUACUUUUGUGGUUAACCUUUUUAGUUUGUAGGUCAUUUGGUUUGGUAAAACAUGUCUCAUCAACAAGAGGAUGAUGCUGAUUACAUGGAAAACGAGUAUGACAUGGAAGUUAUAGAUGAUGACAUGGAUGAUGAGUUCCAUGGCCGAGAUAAUGGUGGCUCUGAUUCAGAUGGAGAGGACUAUGACUAUAUGAAUAAUAAAAUGCAAGAUACCUCUGCUGCCGAGGCAAGGAGAGGUAGAGACAUUCAAGGGAUUCCCUGGGAAAGGCUUAGCAUAACCAGGGAGAAAUACAGGCAAACAAGAUUAGAGCAGUAUAAGAACUAUGAAAAUAUUCCACAAUCUGGGGAGGCAUCAGAGAAGGAAUGCAUAGCCACAAAGAAAGAAGUUUCAUACUAUGACUUCAGACGUAAUUCAAGAUCUGUUAAAUCAACAAUUUUGCACUUCCAGCUGAGGAAUUUGGUCUGGGCAACCUCCAAGCAUGACGUGUACCUUAUGUCACAUUUUUCCGUCAUUCAUUGGUCAUCCUUGACCUGCGGCAAAAAUGAAGUUCUGAAUGUAUCAGGGCAUGUAGCACCGUGUGAGAAGCAUCCUGGGAGCCUUUUGGAAGGUUUUACACAGACUCAAGUCAGCACUCUUACAGUGAAAGACAAGUUGCUGGUUGCUGGGGGAUUUCAAGGAGAACUAAUUUGCAAGUAUUUAGACAGGCCUGGAGUUUGCUUCUGUUCGCGGACAACAUAUGACGAUAAUGCAAUUACUAAUGCUGUUGAGAUUUAUAACACUGCCAGUGGUGCACUUCAUUUUAUAGCUUCGAAUAAUGAUUCUGGAGUUAGAGAUUUUGAUAUGGAGAAAUUUCAACUGUCCAAGCAUUUCCGUUUUCCGUGGCCAGUGAAUCAUGCAUCACUGAGCCCUGAUGGUAAGCUUAUCGCAAUAGUUGGGGAUAAUCCUGAAGGUUUGUUGGUUGAUUCCAGGAAUGCAAAGGUUGUUUCACCUUUGAGUGGACAUAUCGACUAUUCAUUUGCGUCAGCGUGGCAUCCUGAUGGCCUAACUUUUGCAACUGGCAACCAGGAUAAAACCUGCAGAGUAUGGGACAUACGUAACUUGUCGAAAUCAGUCGUUGCUCUGAAGGGUAACCUUGGAGCUAUUCGAUCAAUCCGCUACACAUCUGAUGGAAGAUUCAUGGCUAUGGCAGAACCAGCAGAUUUCGUUCAUGUUUUUGAUGUAAAAAGUGGGUAUGAGCAGGAGCAAGAAAUUGAUUUCUUUGGUGAGAUAUCAGGUCUGUCUUUUAGUCCCGAUACAGAGUCCCUUUUCAUUGGAGUCUGGGAUCGCACAUAUGGUAGCCUUCUUGAGUUUGGACGGCGGCACAACUACUCAUACCUUGAUACAAUAAUCUGAACACCACUCUUGCAUGCUUCUUUGGGUACGUUUACUUGGCUUGAAGUGGCACUGGCUUAACUUUGUAAAACCACUAGCAUAGUCAGGAGUUAGUAGUGGAUUUGGCUGUAAAUUUGUUAUGUUGUGCAAUUUAAGUCUGUCACAUAAAUUGAUGUGUUGUGCACCAUUUCUAAGUAUCAGAGGAUGUAGAAUGGAGGGAUGUAUAGAAAGGGAAGAGACUCCGGUGAUGUGAACAAGAAAACUUAAACAAAGUGGUGUUUCCAUAAGGCAUAGGCCAAAAACUUGAUCUUGUGUUUUGGGGCUAGGGGUCAUGUAUUGAGUCCUUUAAUUCAUACUGAAAGUUGACUUACUGAUUUGCAUCUGUCCUCGAAGCAUUUGAUUUA